AUGUCGAUUCAGAGACGUCCUCUGUCUAGACUCGAAAGUCUUCCACAAGAACUUCAGACUGAGAUCAUCUCUCGAGUCGCUAAAAGCUCCCGGAGAGAUGUCCGCAACCUCAUGGAAGCGAGUCCAAGAAUGGCAAAAGCGGCAGCUCAACCACCGGUCUACAAAAACAUCAACCUCCGCCCACUCACCGUGCAUCCCCGCGCUUCCUUGACAAAGUAA